AUGAACCCUGCUGCCCAGAACGCGGCGGCGGACAAAAACUCCGGCUCCCGCUCACGGAAGAGGAAAAACCGUGACUUGAAAAAUGGGAAACCUAAUGGAAGUUCAAAAAAAAGGUUUCAAACUACCAACAAUGAGGUCGUAGAAGAAGUAAAUUUGAACAAAGGCGGUGAUGUUAACGGUGGUUCUGGAAGUAUUGUCGUAACUGAUUCUUAUUUAAGUGAUUCCAGAUUCGAUAAAUGUUCGGUUUCGCCCUUGUCAUUAAAAGGAAUCAAGGAUGCUGGAUAUGAGAAAAUGACUCUUGUUCAAGAGGCAACACUUCCAGCUAUUCUAGAAGGUAAGGAUGUCUUGGCUAAAGCUAAAACAGGCACGGGAAAAACAGUAGCCUUUUUGCUUCCAUCGAUUGAACUUGUUGUGAAGUCUCCACCAAUUGAUCGUGGUCAAAAGCGGACACCGAUUCUUAUUCUUGUCAUCUGCCCAACUCGAGAGCUUGCUUGUCAAGCUGCUGCAGAAGCAACUAAACUGCUUAAGUAUCAUCCCACCAUUGGUGCUCAAGUUGUGAUUGGAGGAACAAAUCUUAGUUCAGAACAGAAACAUAUGCAAUCAAAUCCUUGCCAGAUCCUUGUUGCUACACCUGGAAGGCUUAGAGAUCACAUUGAUAAUACUGCCGGUUUUGCAUCUAGGCUAAUGGGGGUGAAGGCCUUGGUGCUCGAUGAAGCUGAUCAUUUACUAGACAUGGGAUUUCGCAAAGAUAUUGAGAAAAUAAUUGCUGCAGUCCCUAAACAACGACAAACACUUAUGUUUUCUGCAACUGUUCCGGAGUCGGUGCAUCAAGUCUGUAACAUUGCAUUGAGAAAGGAUUUUGAAUUUAUUUCUACAGUUCAGGAGGGUACUGAGGAGACACAUUCAAAGGUUAACCAGAUGUAUUUAGUUGCCCCAUUAGACAAGCAUUUCUCUUUACUCUAUGCUAUUCUGAAGGAGCACAUUGCUGCUGAUGUUGACUAUAAGGUUCUUGUUUUCUGCACAACUGCCAUGGUCACAAGACUUGUUUCUGAUCUUCUUGGGAGGUUGAACUUGAAUGUCAGAGAAAUCCAUUCAAGAAAGCCUCAGAGUUAUAGAACCAGAAUUUCUGAUGAAUUCCGCAGGUCAAAGGGUAUCAUCCUUGUUACUUCAGAUGUAUCCGCACGUGGAGUUGAUUAUCCGGAUGUUACUCUUGUUGUACAGGUUGGCCUACCGACCGAUAAACAACAAUAUAUACAUCGACUAGGUAGAACGGGUCGAAAAGGAAAAGAAGGACAGGGCAUACUGCUACUAGCUCCUUGGGAAGAGUUCUUUUUAGAUUCCACAAAAGAUUUGCCAAUUGGGAAAGCUCGGGUACCUUCAGUCGAUCCUGACACUAAGAAAAAGGUGGAAAGGGCUAUGUCCAAUGUGGAGAUGGAGAAUAAAGAAAAAGCAUAUCAAGCAUGGCUUGGUUACUACAAUUCUAAUAAGAAAGUGGGGAAAGAUAAGAAAAAGUUAGUGGAGCUUGCAAAUGAAUUCAGUAAAUGCAUGGGGCUUGAUACCCCUCCAGCUAUCUCUAAACAAAUCCUUCGCAAGAUGGGUCUUGGAAAUGUCCCUGGUUUACGUUCCAAAUAG